AUCUGAAGUAUAUUUACAUUGUAGUGUAUAUUAAGAAACGCAGAAAAUGAACGCAUCUGCGAAAACUGUAUUCAUCUGCUUCAGUGUGACCAUUCUCUUGUGUCAUUUCAACAAAUGUAAAUCUACUGAAACGCGUUUGGAUUGCAAGGCUAAUAAGCAAUUCUUAAGAUGUGUCUAUGAAACGAAAACUGAUAUUCUUAAACCAACUCCCAAUCCCCAAUUCAAUUUGUCUUCAAUGAAAUAUGCUGUAAAUAUGACUACCAGUAAUUUCUCCAAAGCAUGCCUGCAAAACAAAGUUUGCACAGUGAAAAUACUCUUGUGUUACAUUGGUGACCAGUUGCAAGCUGAGUGGAGACAUUGUUACAAUCAAGAGGAAAUGCAGGUGCUACAGGCUGCGUAUGGUUAUUUGGACAGCGUGAGACAAAUACCGAUGGAAUUCGAUCUGGAGGAAUUCAGCAGUUUAGCUUAAUUCCAGUGUCAUAGAGUUGUCCUGCGUUAAAUCCUGCAUAUAUCUCCGGCUUCUCUUUGUAAAUUCCUUUCAUUCACCGAUAUUGCAUGUUGACUACGUUUUGAUAUUCUGUUCACAGAUUGUUUGUCUCACACCUGUACUCAUAAUAAUCAAACGAGUGAUUGGAUGUAGUGGAGAAGAGUCAUUUAUUUAACUUUAUGCAUAAUUCUAGUGUGAUGAUGUAAUCAAAUAACAAAUACUUAUUGCUCUGUAUAUUCUAACAUUUCUCCUGCUUAUUGUCACAUGCACUCAUUUUGUAACCAGUCAUUGCAUUACAGGAUGUUUUCCACCUUUGUUUCUGUACACUGACUGAAAUAUACUCAUAGUUGUGA